AUCAUUACCAAAAAUACAAUCAGAACUCGAGGUUAUUUUUGAUAGUUCAUGUUAUUCAGUUCUUUCAGAAACCAUUGUUCAAUAUGAUUGGAUUGAUGCUUAUCUUUAAAAUUGAGACUAGUUUCCACAGAUUGAAUCAUCUGGACUAUUUGUAUUUCCAUGGAGGCGGAGAUGUCUGCUACGUGCAUUAAUACGGUCAUCCUAAGAAAGUAUAUCUCAAACUUUGACAAUUUUGGAAGGGAAUGGAAGUGUAAUAGAAGAUAAGUCUUCUUGAGUUUGAAAUAAUGGCUUUCAAGCUGUGAGUACGUAAUAUGGAUUUUUGAAUAAGAGAAUAGGAGUUUCUAGCACCUGAUUAAUAUAAAAUUCCUGGCUCAUUCUUAGCGGGAAUCAUCAGUAAAUUUGAACUGCAGUCGAUAAGCGUGAUGCCUGUAUAAUUAACAAGGAAAAAUAUCACCCCAAUUGUUGAUUUCGUUGCCAUGGGAAAUGCUCGAAUGACAGAGGCAUAUUUAAAUAAACUCAAAGUACACAUAUUUUAACCAACAGGAAGACGAUUAUUAAAAUGGAUCCCACUAAACUAGUUGGAAGAGUCAAGGAACUGGUCCGUAUUGAGCACAAAUCGCGCAGAAAUUAUCCGCACAUUUGGAAUGGAAUUGCUGCGAGUGAGACCAACAAAUUCUAUCAUCCAGACGAGCUGGAAAAACAGCUGGAGGAAAAACUUAAGAUACUAGAAGAGUCCGAGAGUCAGUGCAAAUCGCGUUUCAUUUCGCCUGAAAUGCAAAAGAAUCUUUUGGAAAAGUGCCGCUGUGGGCGACCUAGGCGUGGCAUGCAUAUGGGCAAGUGUCUACAACGAGCCCUUAAUACGACUUCAAGUGACCAAAAUAUGCAGGCCGAAGAAGCAGAAUCCAAACAUCCAACUAAUAUGCCCCAAACCUCAAACUCUCUCAUUGGCUUCAAGACUGCACCCUACCAGAAACUGGAACAAUCUAUGCGGUAUUUAUCGCCCACGAGCUCUAUGCCGGGACCUCGUAUAACUUCCGCACCAUACAACGUCAUUUUUAUAGGCUAACAAAUGUUGUUGUUUUCUCUACUGGGGAUUUCUACAACCUACUUGAAAUGCCUUUGUAUUAACUAAUAGAUAAACUUAAAUAUCGAA